AUGGCGGUUCAAGUACGGCUCUCAACAGCCGAUCAGCGAAGGAUCCUGGCAGAGUUGAAGAGAGAGAGCAGAGCCAAUGCCAGAACAUUGGACAAGAGGCUGAAGAGGAUGGAAGCACCAAAGGGCCCAAAGGUGGAACCUGAAGAAGGCAAAGAAGGAGGACCCUCUACGGCCCCAGAAGGAGAUCUUGGGACAGAAGUCAAUCCUAUCCAAGUUGAAGACGAUGGGGACGACGACUUCGAUGGCGAGCUCUACGACUCCUCAGGUUUGGAACGGGUUAUGCCCAUUGUUACUAAGUACACGCUAGAUGAUCUGCUUGACACUGGUACAGCAGACCAGGACGUCAUUAAUACCGCCGUGGCAGAAACGUUGAAGAGAUUGGGUAUUAAGCCCAAGAGAGAAGAGCAGCAUGUGCAGGAGGUUGGACCCCAUAGAGGGAGUCAAAACAUGCCGCCGGGGAUGUACCAGUGGUCAGGACCUUCUAAGUCGGACAACGAUGGGUUUAAACUCAUCUUGGAAAGACUGGAUCAACAAGAGGCCAAAUGGAAGGAUACCCUCACGGGUCUCAAGAAAGAGCAAAAAGAACAACUGACGGAGUUUGAGACGAGAAUGGAGGCCAAAAUCGACAAGAGGUUGACCGACCAUUCUCAGCGAUUCAACUCGCACAACUCGUCAGGAGGAAACCCCAUUGGUCAAUCCUACGUUCCGCCGGGAAGAAGGAACUACUCGAACUCGGGUUCCUCAGGCGGAGGAUACGUCGACUUUUCGCGUCGACCAGGUCAACAGGGCUACAGCCAAGGCGUGUGGCGAAACGGUGACGCUGGUGGUGGAGAGCGACGAGGAGUGACUUGCUGGUUCUGUGGUGAGCCAGCUCAUGCAGUUAUGGGCUGCAAAAUUAGAAGGGUGAUGUUGGAUACGGGUCGUAUUCGUCAUGAAGGUGGCGAUUAUCGUAUCCUCGAAAGUAAUAGAAUUAUUACGCCCUUCAGAAAUGGGGAAGAAUUUACUCUCGACCUCAUUAGAAAGAGUAUGGAGAGUAGCGGCCAUACGUUGGACCUCGACGCGAUUAAGCGCGAGGCCCAGUACGUACAAGAGGAGCCGCCGGAGCAUAGGUGGAGGGAUCCGUUGACGGGUCAACCAACGCAAGAGCAGUUGGUACAUGACCUUAAGGAACGGGUUAGUCAAUUGGAAACGGAGAAGGCGCAGAGUUUAGGGUCGGCGCCUAACGACACGUCCGCGGAAGCCGAUGUGGAACGCCUCCCCAGUGUCUACCAAAAUCGCGUCGACCAGAGGGUAGUUCAUGACGACGAGGAAAGCAGCAGCUGCUGCUUCUUCCAACCGGCAGGAAGUAGCAAGACUGAGCUAGAGAAGUCUAAGAAAACCGCCGGCGUAGAGAAAGAAAACACCAAUAAAAAGGAGCGUGUCGAAGAAAAAGAAAGUGAGAGUGAAGAAGAAGAGGUUAAGAGAGUUGGACCUCCUAAGAAAAAGAAGAAAGUAACAUGGUCAGAUUCUCAACCAACGGCGAAGCUUACACCGUCCGGAACUCUACCUUAUGUAGACGUCCCUCCUCUCUCAACUAAACCUUUAGGUGCAUUCAAGCCUAAAGUGAACAAGGAAGAGGAGAAAUCUUUUGAGAAAGAACGAGAAGUGGAAGAGAAAGGCGAACCUCUACCGGAAAUCGACCGGCGGGGACCAGCCUAUAACAAACGAGCACCUGUAGAACAAAAUGGUGCGGCAAAAGCGAUCGUCAACGAAUUGCUUGAAGUCACCGUACCGGUGAACAUCAAGUCGCUUAUGGGGGUUUCGCCAGAGGCAAGGGAAUACCUCAAGAACCUCCUGACUCGGAAGCGAGUACCGACUAGAGAAGUCCCUAUCCCUAGAGAGACUGAGGUGUUUAAGCGUUUCUUUGACGAUCCGCACGAAGUUAAGCGUCUACACGUUGGCUUACAAUGGGUAGAAAAUAGUGAGGAAGCAAUGGCAAAAGCCGAAGCAGCGGUUGAACAAAGAGCCCUAGCCGAAAAGCGAGACAGAGACUAUAAAGAAGCCCUCAACUUUGCGACCGGCGAUGUAGGAGAGCUUGCAGUCGUCUUUGAACAGACAGCUUCUGGAGAGAUUAAAGUCGAAAAGGUGUUCCAGUCCGGCCAUAAAAGUGGAAAGUUCAGCCAAGAAGACGUGAAGUUAAUGUUUAUUCAAGAAGCAUUAACUAGGGAGGUGGAAAACAAGAAAGCCGCUAAAAAGGUCGAAGCUUUCUUGCAACAAGUCAGGACAGGCAAAAGAGACAAAUCCGUCGGUGAAGUCAUGAUGUUAGAUACUGUGAUAAAACACUUCGAACAAAUUUAUCAACAGUUAAAAGAGGAUAUCAUCGAGGAUUCUGUUAAGACUUCGUCAACAACCUCCAGCGAGAACAAAGACGAAGUAGUAGCAGGGAACCCUAACGUUUAA